AUGUCUGGAAUGCUGGCUACCAAUGCCCUGCUUCUAAAAAUAUACUCAAGGGGCAUUAACACGCAAAAAAGCAAGGGCAGUGAUGACCUUAGCCAAAGAUGUGGAACAGGUAUAAAAGACCGGGAGCUCAUCUCUGCUCCAGUUUCUCACCAGUUCUCGAACAUGGCACGUCUCGUACUCCUCAUCGCCGCCGUCUUCGGCGUGGCUUCUGCUCAGCUGAUCGCUAGGUCUCCUCUGGCUUACUCCAGGCCCCUCGCUUACGCCAGCCCAUACGCCUCAUACGCUAGCCCCUACGCCGCCUACGCCAGGCCCUACGCCGCAUACGCUGCUCCAGUCGCCACCGUAGCCCACGCUCCAGUUGCUGUAGCUCACGCUCCAGUUGCUGUCGCUCACGCUCCAGUAGCUGUCGCCCACGCUGCCCCAGCCGUAGCCGUCGCUGAUGAGUACGACCCACACCCAUCCUACUCCUUCUCCUACUCCGUCAACGACGCUCUGACCGGAGACUCCAAGGGACAGACCGAGAGCCGUGACGGAGAUGUCGUCACUGGAAGCUACUCCGUCGCCGAACCCGAUGGUUCCGUCAGGACCGUAGACUACACCGCUGACCCAAUCAACGGAUUCAACGCUAACGUUCACAAGGACGCCCCAGCCGCCCACGCAGCCCCAGUUGCCGUCGCUCACGCUCCAGUAGCCGUCGCCUCUCCAGUCAUCGCCGCCCGUGCCGCCCCCCUCCUCCGCGCAGCCGUCGCCCGCCCAGCCCUCGCUUACUCCGCCUACGCCCCAGGCUACGCCACCGCUCUCAGGGCCGCCGUCCCAGCCGUCAACCAUGCUUCCCUUACCAUCCACUAAAUCUAGUGUUUAAUAAAUUAUUUUAAUCAAAU